AUGGCUGGUAGAGACGCUUUCGCGGACGCGGAGAUGUUGGCGACGCCACAGGCGGAACAAGAUCACGGCAUGGCCGACACCAACCGUCCACUGCUCCCGCCUCGCCGCCAGCAGGACACCACCCAUGGGGCGCAGGCAUCAGCAAUUGAUCUGACGACGUUACCGCGAAGCCGUGCCAUUGACGAUCGAGCAUCAAAUGAUCCGCAUCCGAGAAACGCAAGCCAGCAAUCAUCCACCAAGGUUCAAUGGACCACGGACACGGCCAUGGCCACAACCCCGCGGGCUCCCUCGAUGGCAUCUCAGGACCACGACGACGCGGAACAGAAACCGCCACUCCCGGAACGACCAAAAGUCAUCUACCGCAAUGCAGCCAGGCAGUUUCUCAAGCUACAGCUGCCCUCCAUCCUGGUGACCAUUGCCCUGCUUGUGCUGUAUAUCCUCCGCAUCAACUUCAAGGCCACGUCGGACCAGGUUGGAGCGCUGCUGUUCGCAGCCAAGGUGCACGAGGGCCUCAUCAUCAUCUCGCUCGUCGACAUGGUCUACUACCACCUCCGACGCCGCCUGCUAGGCCGCGACGGCAUCACCUACGGUCUGCUCACUGCGCCUUUCCAGCUCAAUUCGCCCAUGUAUCUCUUCACCACCGAGCUAUGGAGCGGGAUCCGGUCGACCACUGCCAACUCGAUUCUGAUGACUAGCUUGGUCAUCGUGGCGGUGCUCUUGGCGUCGCUUGCGGGAGCCAGUUCUGGUAACGUCAUGCUCCCGAAGAACGGGUGGCAGACGCAUGACAACAGCAUUCAGGGCAUGCAGGCGUUUGUUGUUCAAGCACCGCACGACAUGUACCCUCUCGAGCUCCAGAACACUACAAACGCAGAGGGCCAGGAGUGUGAUGGCAACUCGCGCUUCUGUCCAUACUCCGUCCUCCAGCAACGUCAUGCCCCGUUGUAUCCUUCGCUCGGCGGGUCUCUGGAAGGCGACUACCGCAAGAAUAUUUCGAUCGCGCAAAACGACCGGAGGGAGAUCCUGCUCACAAUGAACGAAAUGCUCCCACUGAGCCCGGCAUACACAGCAACUACGUUACCAGUUUGCAUCGCAGGAGCGCUCCAGGCAAACUGGGGGGGCAUCAAAGCAAAGCCGUCAUGGCGGACAGGAGUAGUCGACGAGCAGGCACCCUUCUCUGCACGGUUCUCCGCCGUGAUGACCGACGCGCAAGGCGGGCGCCUACAGAUCAAACAGCCACGGGUCACAGGAUUCUGCGCCAACAACUUUUCCCCCGUGCUUCAUCCUAAGAGCAACAGCAAUAACAACAACAACGGGGAAGGAACAGAAGGCUACUACGAGUUCAGCAUCCCGCACCUCUUCUAUCACGGCGUCAACAUCUCCAUUCCGGCCUCGAAACUCGCACCGGCGCUCAACCACAGCACCAGCCGCUUUGGCUUCAUCGACAGCACCGUCAUCAACGCCGCCCUGCCGCCUGGAAACACCACCUCUGCGGCACUAUGGACGCGCGAGUACCCGACCUCCCCGUCAAUCACCCUGUGUCUGUUCGCCGCGCGCUGGAUCCCCACACAGGACGCCUGGAUAUACCCGCGGGACCCAGCCGCGCGAGUGCAGACCGCCGUCACGCUCAACGCGAACGAGACGUUCAACGAGCUGGGCUCCCAGCAACAGGUCCGGAUGUCCGCGGACUGGCUGGCGGGCCUGAACGCCACGCUGUCCCCGCACGUCCGCCCCGUCGACGACCUCGCCGGCCCGGACGGCAGGUUCACCCCGACCACGCACGUGUUCGACCUGGUCGACGCGUACCUGUACGACAGCUCCGCCUCGCGCGGCGAGUACUACGGCUACCGCGCCGAGAGGCUCGCCAGCGCCGUCUCGGUCCUGCUGACCGCCGCGCUGGCCCAGGUGCCCUGCCAAUACGCGUGGCAGUUCAACAACGACGGUGGUUCCCGCAACGGCAACAAACCCAUCGGCGGCGAGGACUACGUCCAGGUCGGAUCGUCGCCUGCUGUGCACCUGGCUGAUCUGCCAAAGAGUGUUGUUGCUCCUCCUACUACUACUGCUUCUGGUGCAGACGGGGCGGGAUCAGUCUCGGGUUACACGUUCAUCAGCAAGACGUUCUCCGAGUUCAGCUAUGGCUACGGGUUUGACAGCACGACCACGAUCCUCUCGUGGGCCGUGCUGCUGACCCAUGUCGCGCUCGUGCUAGUGCACCUAGGCGUGCUGCUGCGGAACCGCGGGCAGGGGACGAGCCGCGCGUGGGGCCAGCUGGGCGAGCUGGUCACGCUGGCGAUGAACACGAGACCCUCGGACCUGCUGACGAAUACCAGUGGCGGCGUGCGGGAUGCUCGGCGCGUAUGGGGGCUGAAUGUGGUGGUGAGGCAGGUCGAUGAUGGGAGGGGCAAGAUUGAGCUGGUGUUGAGGGACAGGAGGGGGCGGAAGGGGAAGAAUGCUGGGGAUGAGGGCGAGGAUGGAAUGGGCGAAGAGGACGCGUUGAGUGGUGAAGGUGGGAGAGUCAAGAUAGAUCGGAUGUCGAGAUAUGGUUGA